ACCUUUUUAAAUUGUAAUCUUUUAAUAAAAAUUAAAUUCACUUUUGUUUAAGUAAAUUUGAAUAUCCCUCGCUAGUGGGUUUGUUGUUUUUUCAGCCUGACAUCUAUUGACUGAUCUUCAAUAGAUCAGGUAACUUUUGAAAAAUUUCUUCAUUGUGUGUGUAUUAACUGUUAAUUAAUUAUUGUUUUGUUUGCUUAUCUUUAAUUGUCAAGCUAUACGAAAGUUAAUUUCUUGUGUUUCUUCCUUAGCUAUAUUUUUCUUUAAUCAUGACAUUAAACCCAAAUUACGCUGAUAUUGGCAAAAACUUUGUUCAACAAUAUUAUACCUUAUUCGAUGAUCCCAAUCUAAGAGCCGGUAUACUUCCUCUUUAUUCGGAAACCAACUCUUUGAUGACAUUUGAGGGAGAACAACUUUUGGGUCGAGUAAAGAUCAUGGAAAAAUUACAAGGAUUAACUUUUAAGACAAUUAAGCAUGUGGUUACCACUGUUGAUUGCCAGCCAACGUUUGACGGAGGGGUCUUAAUUGUUGUUCUUGGCCAACUCAAGACGGAUGAUGAUCCACCACACACCUUUAAUCAGGUUUUUGUUCUGAAACCACUGGGAGAUACCUUCUUUGUGGAGCACGAUAUUUUUAAACUUGCCUUACACAUGUGAACUGUAAAAAAACAAUAUAACAAUUUACCUUUAAAGCCAAAACAAUAAAUGAAAUUGAAUCAACAAAUAAUCAGUUAUCACAACUUCUCUAAUCACAAUAAGAUGUAAUUCUCUGUUACCAUGCUCUUGAUUUAUCGUCUUUCUGUCUGCAUCUCUUAUGUUUUUUCCAUUUGAUGUGAUUAUGAAAAUGAAAUAAAAAUGAAGAUGAUAAA